CCUAAGUGUCAUAAUUUUCAUCAAUAACUUGACAUUCUAUAAAAAUUUAACAAAAAAUCUUUUCGAUCAAAAAUUAGUGUGAAAUACCUCGUGCCGAUAUAUUUUUUUGCCAUAUUCAUAGCAAACACCAGGGUCCAGUAUCUAUCUUUUUCAUGUCACUUGCUAUCCUAGAGAUCAACACCAGCGUCGUACCGGUAGCACCACCCUUAAGAUAUACUCUCAUAACACCUCAAAAUAUCCCACCAUUUGCAGCCCAAGUUAGCACAUUUACCAGAGGACUCAAUGUUCUAGACGCACCUCUAGCAGCAGGAGUUUUAAAUCCUCCUGCAAUUGUUUCUAGAAAUGUAGCUUUACCACCUCCAGUUGCAUUUCCACCUGCAGCGGCUAUAUCAGCACCAUUUGGAGUUUCUCCAGCUGUUUAUCCAUCUCAGUUAGCAGCUCCUACUCUACUAGCACCACAAGCUGCUUUUCCUGGACCGUUUCUACCUCACGCUCAUUACCAUGCAGCUCCAGCGGCUUUAGCAGGUCCAAUAGGAGCUUUUCCAGGACCUCCAGCUCAUGUAUUACCUGUUCCAAAUGCCAGAUCUAUACAUGCUUUAGGGCCUGCUCCUUUGGCGCCUGCGCCUGUUGUGGAAGCGGGGAUUUGGUAAUGGACAUUUGAUUUAGAAUCAUUUUUAUAGUGAUAUUGACUGAAUUGAAAAUGUUUAUUUGGUCUAUAAUGACUUUUGUGAUAUAUAUUUUAAAUAUAAAAAAUUGUUGAG